AUGGCUUAUCAUUUUCGAAGUCCAUUUAAUUUUUCAAAAAGAAAAAGUUUAUUAAAUGUUGAUAGAACUAAUGAAAAUUCACCAAAAUCUCCAAUAUCAUUAAAAAAUGAUAAAACUUUAGAAAUUGAAAAAACUUCAAUUGCAGAUUUUGCUAUUUAUCCUUUGAAAGAGAGAAAAAAUAGAUAUAAACAACAUUUUAUUGUUUUAUUAAAUUCAGAAAUUUAUUUAUACCGUAAAUCAAAUGAUUUUCAAAAACGGAAACAACCAAAAAUAAUUAUUAAUUUAAAAAAUAUUUUUAAUAUAUCAUUUUAUAAAGAUUCCGAAACGAUUAAAUCUCAAAUUACUAUAAUGUCUGAUUUAAAUACUUAUUUUAUAAGAAUAUCCGAGACAACAUUGCUAUAUGAGUGGUAUGAAAUUUUGCUUGAAAAAAUUAGAGUAUUUCGUAGUAUUGCUUUACAACGAGAUGUAAAUGUUAAUGAAUUUUUUGACAUCGCUUUCGACUGUACAAUAUCUGUUAGACCAAAAAUGAAAAAAAAUUAUGGAAAUCAACAAUUGGAUGCAUUAGAUGAUUUAUAUGAUAAAAUUACAUCAACUAAUCAUAUUACUCCUCGUGUACGUUUCUGUAUGUAUUACAAUCUUGUUGUCAUAUGUAAUAUAGGGAUUCAAGCAAGUCAUGGUGGUUGUCCUCCUUUUAAUUCAAAUGAUUAUAUAAAAUUUCCUACUAAUGUAAUAAGAGAUUUUGGAAAACAAGAAAAGUAUAUAUUUCUUAGAAUUGGAAGAUGCUCUGAAGUAGGAUGUGGUGAAUUAUGGUUUAAAAUGGAAAGUAUUGAAAAAGCUAAAGAGGCUCAUAUAAAAAUUAUGGAACUUUUUGAUUCUGCUACUGAGAAAAGAAAAUCAGAUGUUAGAAAAUAUAGUUCUCAAAAUUUAGCAGUAAGAAUGCCUCCUCAUAGAGAACGUUCAUUCACAAAUCCAAUAGCUCCUGCCAAUAAUAAGUCAUUAAAUAUAGAAGAAAAAAGUAAACGUGCAAAGACGUGGGAUGAAAGUGUAGAAGAACCAAAAAAAAGAAUAUCAUAUUCAAAUACUUCAAUUAAUCCCAAUACUUCUUCAAAUAGUAGAAAGUCUAGUAGGAAUUUAAGUCCUGCAUUGUCUAAUAUUGAAAAUAGUGAUAUAGAUUUAAAUGACAUAAAACUUGAAAACAAUGAAAAAGUUGCAAAAAAAUCUUCAAUUAAUGAAGCAUUUCCAAAAUUUUCAGACUUAAUUAAUAAUAGAGCAGAAAGAAAUUCUGAUAGUAUGUCACAUAGAGGUUCAAUUGCCAGUAUUUCUAGUGCAGUUGAAAAUAUGAGAAGAGUAUCUUGUUAUAAUAAUGAUGAAGUUAAUACAGAUUUUUGUUAUGUUGAUGAUGUCAGAAAAUUAUCAACCUCUGCAUUAGAUUCAAAAAUUUUAGUUCAGAAAUCUAAUCGUUUUGCUCGAUUAAAUAUUUCACCUAAACGACAACAAUCUUUUACAUUAACAAAUUUGUCACCGUUAAUACAAAAUAGCUCUAAUGCUUUGUUGACGACGGAUUAUGUUGUUAUGGAUUCAGUAGAUACAUUAAACAUUCCACUUACAAAUUCUUCUUCUAAUGUUACGUCACCAAAAGAUUCUCUUAAAUUAGAUGAAGUAAAAUCAUUUUGUAGUGAUAAAAGUGAUGAUGGAGUUUUAAGGAGUAGAACAAAUACAAAUGUCAGUAGAAAUACGGUAUUUUCUUCUGAAAGAAGUAGAGUAAAUACUUUUGCUUCAAAUAAAAGUGACAAUUCCAUUAAUAGUGGAAAUAAUUUAACAAUUUCAUCUCAAUUUGUGAAUGAUGAUGAUUUUGAUAGUAGUUUUAACAGAAAAAGAUCAUAUUCUUUGGGUAACAAAAACAUGGUAAAACAACAUUCAAAAGAUAAUAGUGAUUUUAUUGGAGAAUUUGAAAGUCAUAGAUGUAGAACUUUAAGUUUAAAUACGGGAACAAAAAAAAAUGGUAGAAUUACAUUAGCAAAAGAUUUAAAGUUACCUGGAUUUUUUGACAAACAGUUUAAAUUAUCAUUUUCAGAUGAUAUAUUACUAAACUCAAAUAAAUCAUUCUUGGAUAGAAAAAAUAUAUGUUCAUUAUUGAUGGAAAAUAAAGAAGAUAUUGACAAAGAAGAGGAACCAAAUAAAAUUUUUGACAAUGAUUUUCUAUUUGAAAAAACAAUUGAAAUAUCAACUAAACUUCCAACUACCUCAAUUGACAAUUUAAGUGAAUCUAAUUUUAAUACAUCAGAAAAUUUAUCAUUAUGUAAAAAUAAUGAUAAUAGUAAAUUAUUAGUUGACUACACCUAUGACACUUUUGUAAUACAAAAUGACAAUAAUUCUUCUGAUGAUAUUCCAUCUACAUUUUUAAAUUAUCUAAAUAAUGAUGAAACGUCUAAAAAAAUAGUUUGUGUUAAUAAUGAUAACAAUUUUGAAGAAUUGCCUGUUCGAAAAUUUUCUGCAAAUCCUAUAAAACUUAAUUUAAAAGAUUCAAAAAGACACAGUUUAUUUUCUAUAUCACCAAAAAAUGAAUAUACAUUUCUGGAAAAAUUACAUAAUGUUGGUAAAAAAAAAGAUUCUUCUGAUAACAUAUCAAAAAAUUUUUAA